AUGAGUACAUCCAACGCGAAUAAAUCUCAACGACCAUGGAUUAUGAACGCAUUCGUCAUGAGUGCACCAGGUCAUCUGGCGCCUGGCCUCUGGCGGCAUCCCGACCAGGGCGAGCUCACUAUUGAUCACUGGGUGAAGCUGGCGAAACUGCUGGAGGAGGCAAAGUUCCACGGUGUAUUCUUUGCGGACGUGCUGGGUAUAUAUGAUGUGUAUAAGGGGCCAUCAAACAACACGCCAGCGCUGCAGAGUGCUGCACAGAUACCAAUCGGUGAUCCCAGCCUCCUCAUUUCAGCCAUGGCUCACGCGACGAAAUCGCUCUCAUUUGGUGUGACGGCCUCGACGACAUAUGAGAACCCCUACGCUCUGGCUAGGAAGUUUGCGACUCUGGACCACAUAAGUCAAGGCCGCGUGGGAUGGAAUAUCGUGACGUCUUACCUGGACAGCGCAGCCAAGAGCUAUGGUCUGGAUGAACAAAUACCACAUGAUGAACGCUAUGCUAGAGCGGACGAAUUCAUGCAGGUCGUUUACAAGCUUCUUGAGGGAUCCUGGCAAGAAGGAGCCGUCGUCAAGGACAAGAAGACUGGAAUUUAUGUCAACCCGGAAGCUGUCAAACGCAUAGACCACAAAGGAAAGUACUACCAGUGUGCUGGCCCUAGUCUGCUGGAUCCGUCUCCGCAGCGUACGCCAUUCCUCCUACAAGCCGGAGCAUCGGCGUCCGGAAAACAGUUCGCUGCCACUCAUAGUGAGGCAAUGUUCCUCCCAGGUUUGAUCCCAGAAAAGACACGUCAGAUUGUAGACGACACCAAGGCGCUGCUCAUUCAACAAGGGCGCAAGCCUGAUAGCGUUCGUUUCCUCACUGGCAUCUUUAUCGUAGUGGAUGAGACGGACGAGAAAGCUCAAGCCAAAUUUGAAGACUUGCUCCAGUAUGCAGACCUUGAGGGUACCGCAGCACUUUUUGGCGGGUGGUCAGGAACAGACUUGGCGAACUUCACGGACGACGAGGACUUCGCGUUCACGGGGCUGGGCGCAAUCCAGUCCAUGAUAAAGGCCUGGACCGCCACCGUACCUGGAACAGAAGGACUGAAGUGGACGAAGCGCAGGGUUCUGGAGCAGCUCGCUAUAUCCGGAGCUCACGCGAAGGCAAUUGGGAGUCCCAAGACGGUCGCCGAUAUCUUAGAACGCUGGAUCAACGAGGCGGGCAUUGAUGGCUUCAACCUGAGCUACGCGACUACACCGGGCACGUUUGAGGACAUGAUCAAGUACUUGUGGCCAGAGCUCAGAGCGCGUGGUGUACUCCAAGAAGACUACCCGGUUCCAGGAGGAAGCAUGCGCGAGACAUUCCUGGCAGAUGGUCAAGGCCCUCGUGUCAGGGCAGAUCAUCCUGCAGCUGCACACACGUGGAAGUAA